AUGGACACCAAAUGUGACAGUGAAGAAGCCCCAACGACCUUCGAAGAUGCUCUCGACAAAACAGGUAACGGCCUGUAUAAUAUCCUUCUCGUGAUGACCUGCUCCCUUAUACUUCUUGCCAUCGGGAUAGACCUGUUCGGAUUUAGCCUGGUGGUGGCAGCAGCCUGUGAUCUUCAGCUGACCGUCGUGCAGAAAGGGAUCCUCACAUCUUUACCUUUUAUUGGUAUCCUUCUAGUCUCCUACCUAUGGGGCUAUGUCUCCGACACCAGGGGACGGAGAUUCACCCUCGUCAUCCCUCUGCUGCUGUCCUUCAUCCUGUCCUGCAUCAGCAGCCUCGCUCCACACUGGCUGUUCUUAGGACUCGUCAAGUUUCUAUGUGUUUGCUUUGCCUGUGCAGCCAAUUCUGCGACCUAUACCCUGGUAGGAGAGUCCUGUAUACAGAGGGUGAGGAACCGCUACAUGCUGCUCAUGACCUGCCUGAUUCUACUAUCUCCUGCUGUGGCCGGCAUUUUGACCUACCCAACCUUGAAAUUAGACUUCGCAGUGGAAAUAACCUGGUUUAACAUCGUCUACAAACCCUGGAGGCUGCUCAUCGUAGUCCUAGCUCUCCCAUCAGGGAUAGGAGCAGCAGCCAUCUACUUCUUCUGCGAAUCUCCCAAGUUCCUCUACAAUUCUGGCAGAAGCGAUGAGGCUUUAGAAGUACUGAGGCAUAUUUACAAAGUCAAUCAUAGAGGUUCCAAAGAAGAGUUUACGGUGCAUUCUCUGAGCUUAGGGGAUUACACGCCGAAGAAGCAGAUGAGUCUCCUCCGAGCCAUGUAUGAGCAGAGUGCCCCUCUCUUCAGACCGCCCUACGUGUGGAGGAGUGCACAGCUGUUCUACAUCGUCGCAGUCGUGUACAUCACGAACAACAGCUUCUUAGUAUGGCUCCCGUAUAUCCUCAACCUCAUCAGGCUGUCAAUGGACAGCGGGACUGCGACUGGAAACAUCUGUGAGCUGAUCAGUACUAAGCCCUUAUCUAUUGGAAAUUCAACAAAGAAUAUUACCCAUGAAGUCUGCACAGGCACAGUGGAACACAACGUGAUCCUGACCCUCAUUGCCUCUCAAUCAGUCUUCGCAUUCUUCAAUUUCCUCAUCUCCUACCUUCAAAAUAGACGAAGAUUAGUCCUGAUCUGCAUCCUCUGCCUGUCCUCCAUCAGUGGGACGUGUCUCAAUUUGGUGCCAGAGCCUAUCUCCAGCGUUUUCUUCUUCAUGGUCUUCACUUGUACUUGUUUGGGAAUGGGCAUCCUGGCUUCCUACUUUGUGGAUAUUUAUCCUACUUCUUAUAGGGGUAUGGCUGCUUGUCUCAGCAUCAUGGUGGGUCGAAGCAGUACCUUCGUUGGUAUCAACGUGGUUGGCAACCUGAUAUUCCACCAUUGUCAGGUCACCUUCUAUUUGUGGUCACUGCUUGUUUUGACGAGUGCAGUAGCUGCCUGGUUCCUGCCUCCAGACAAGCCAGCAGUAUCAGACACAAAAAUCAAUGAGAGCCUAACGAUGUUGAAAAACCCAAAAAUUAAGUUGUCAGAGGCCAAUGAACCUGAACCGUGUUGA